GGUUCAUUUACCCUCGGAUCACUGAGGGGACUGUGAAGCCAACAUGACCAGUGGGUGCUGUGUAUUUGUCCUAUUUUCCCUCCUCCGUGUCUCGCUGAGUCUGGAAAUGACAGGGUUGUACGGCAGCUUCACCUCCCCCAACUUCCCCCAGCCAUACCCUGACAACCAGCUCAUAGUGUGGAACAUCACAGUCCCAGAUGGCCACAGGGUAAAACUUUACUUCAGCCACUUCAGCAUGGAACCCUCAAACCAGUGUGAAUAUGACUACAUCCAGGUUUUGGCAGAGGGGAACGAAACCUUGCGGUUCUGCGGUGAGGAACAGAAGAACUCUGAAAGCACCCCGAGGAACACCAUCAUCCUGUCAGCCGGGAACCUCAUGUCAGUGGUCUUUAGGAGUGACUACUCUAACGAGGCCCGAUUCACGGGCUUCCAAGCAUUUUACACAGCAGAAGAUAUCAACGAGUGUCUGUCAAAGAUAGAUGGGGAGCGAGUGUGUGACCAUUUUUGCCACAAUUACAUCGGUGAUUAUUACUGCACAUGUAGACAAGGUUACCUUCUCCAUGACAACAAAAGAUCCUGCACAGUGCCAUGCCUAAACCAGGUGCUGACCUCGCUGUCGGGGGUUUUAACCAGUCAGGACUACCCGAGCCCCUACCCAUCUAUGAGUCACUGUGACCACACCAUCCGCCUGCCGGAGGGCUACAGAAUAAUUCUGGACUUCCUGGAACCUUUUGACAUAGAGGGACACUCAGAUGUCCCCUGUCCAUAUGAUAUGUUGAAGAUUUCAACAGCUGGACAGGAGUACGGACCCUUCUGCGGAUCAAUGCCACCGGGUCGCAUCGACACAGGAAGUUACCAAGUGCAUAUUGCGUUCAGAUCCGACUCCAGUGGGAAAAACAAGGGGUGGAAGAUCAAGUAUACCAGUAUCAAGGCUCAAUCCUGAUGGCUUGUUGACACGAACAAUGUAUGUACACUAGCGCUCAAGGGUUUGGGAUCACCCAGAAAAUGUGGUUUUCCAUGUUUUAUUCAUGAAAUGAGUUACAAAGUUAUUCAAAAAUAUAGUAAAGACAUUGACAAGGGUAGAAAUAAUAAUUAUAACCUGUACAAAUCUCCAACUUUACCUCUAGAUACUCAGCCAGCCUGAAGAAGGAUCAUUUACUGUUUCUCAAAUCAGCACAAAACUGUUUUCAGCUGUGUUAACAUAAUGCACAGGUGUUUUAAUGAUCAAUGAGCAUUUCAACACUAUAAAUGUGGAUUAACAAUGUGCCACUGGAACACAGGAGUGUUGGUUGCUGACAAUAUAUAAUAGAUAUUUCAUAGGAAAAUCAGCCAUUUUGCUGCUUUAAUUUCACCACCACAGAAGAGGACUGGGGCCAGGUAGGAGAAAAAAAUAAUCAGAGGAGGAUUUCUUUUAUUCAUUAUUCAGUUCGAAAAAAAAGUCGAAAUAAGAAUAAAGUUGAGACGUCAAGAAUAAUGUUGACAUAUGAUUUUUUUUUUAAAGUCCAAAUGAUGAGUAUAACAUGAACUUUUUGUUUUCGGUAAAUUUGGAAAGAUAUUCACAGAUAUGUGUCAAUAAGUCAGCAGAGGAACUUUGUUUUAGAAAAAUGGUGUCACCUCUAUCCGAACAAUCAGGUAGACUGAAAGCUACAACUUGAUUUACAUCAGUUUCAUAAAAUGAGCAAUAAUCACAAUAUUUAAGGGUGUAGUGAUAAAAAAAAAAAAUCCCCCUACACAUAAAUGAGCUAUUCUUGGAAGUAGCUGCCAUAAAUAUUGUUUUGGGAAAAUCUGCUUGUGAUUUUUUUAGACAUAUAUUGUAUUAUAUUAUAUAUUAUACAUGUUUUUUCAUUGUAUUUCAACUUUUUUUCCCCCGACAUUGUAUUUCGACUUUAUUCCCAUCAUUUUUACUUUUUUUCUCAAAUUUAAUGAUUUUUUUCUUCUCCUACCUGGCCCUAAUCCUCUUCCAUACACCACCUCAAUCCAAUUUUAACCACUUUUAUAUCAUGGACUCUAUGGGAGCUUCCUUCUUCUCUUAACUCCUCCCCCAUGCACUCGCUCCUUCUGCUUAUUCUGCCACACACCUGAAGCUCAUCUGCUCAUUAUUUCCUCAGUACUUAAGCCUGUCAGUUUACCUGUGUGAAAAGUUUGCCAGAUCUUAGUAUGUGCUUGGGCCUGUUUAGUAUCCUGCCUGUUUAGUACUCACCUGUUACCUGUUGUGGGUCUUGCCUGAAGUCUCUGCACCUUUGCCUGGAACUUUGUUUUACCUUUUUGGAACGGACUGUUCUGUAAAUUGACUGUUUUCUUGAGUAAACCCUGUUUUUGCCGUA